UACAUUACACGGUGACGGCCGAAAACGCAUGUCACAUGACCGUUCAUGCACACUGGGCAUGCGCGUAUAAGUGUAAACAGUUGCCUCUUGCGCAUGUAUGCAGAGUUUAACUGCACAAUGGCUGCUAAAAAUGACAACAAAGCCAUCAAAGUACAGUGCAGUCUACGUGUUAUUGUUUUCACGGCCGUCAAGGAUACGCAAAGCGAACGUGGGCAGCCACGGCAUCGGUUUCAAAAGUCUCCGUUUUGGUCCGUUUAUACUGAAACGCAACCCCGGCGUUUUCAAACUAAAACGGGCUCUGCAGCAUUUUCGAAAGUCUCCGUUUUCGAGACAAACCAGUAAAAACCAAGGAACUAAAACCGGGAGAUCUGAGCCAAGAAAGACAACAGAGGGGAAACCAUGAUCACAGUCACUGAGUUUCAGAAAAUCGGCGUGGGUCUGUCAGGAUUUGGCGUGUUCUUUGUGCUGUUUGGAAUACUGCUGUACUUUGACUCGGUCCUGUUGGCGUUUGGUAAUAUUCUGUUUCUGUCUGGUCUGGCCUUCAUCAUUGGUUUAAGGAGGACAGCCCACUUCUUUUUCCAGAGACAGAAACUCAGAAGCUCCGCCUUUUUUCUAGGAGGCGUGGCUUUAGUUCUACUAAGAUGGCCUCGCAUUGGCAUGUUAGUGGAGACCUAUGGCUUUGUGCUCCUAUUUAAGUCAUUCUUCCCAAUGGCCUUUGGAUUUCUCGCAAGAGUCUUGAACAUUCCCUUUUUAACUACGAUUUUAAACAGGUUAUCUGGAAGUAGUUCUUCAAUGGUGUAAAAGUUGUGUGGUUUAUUUUAUUUUAAUAUUUUAGUCAUUGUUUAAUCUUUAUAAUAACAUGCCUUACUAUAUAAUAACUUAAGAAUGCUAUUUUUGUGUUCAUUUAUUUUAAAUACAUAUCUUUUUCUAUUAAAAAUAAAUAUAUACUAUACAAUACCAGGAUUUGAUGUGCGCAAGACGUAUGUCUGUAUAUUUGCCUCUUGAGAUGAACACAAGCAAAAAUAAAAUGUCCGGUGAUAUUUCAAA